CAAGGCUGCAAGAACCAAACUUACCUCUUCCACCAUUUGCAAGUUAUCAAGGAAUCAGCCAUGGCCUCAGAAGCACAGCAGACUUGUUAUGAGGGGGACACUGUUGACAAAUUUCAGUUCUACCUGCAGCAGUCUGGAGAGCACCAAGCCAUGAUUAAGGCUGUGCACAACCUUCUGCCACAAGAAUUCCAGCGAAUUGCAAAAGAAAAAAAGAACCUGGAUAUUCUUGGUGUUGGAAGCGGAGGAGGUGAGAUGGAUGCACAGAUACUGUCCUUCCUGCAGACCACAUUCCCUGCAAUGCCCAUCACUGUUGACAUCGUGGAAGGAAGCUCUAAGCUCAUUGACAGCUUCAAAGGUUUGGUAGCAAAGAGUCCCAGCCUUCAGAAGAUCCCGUUUGGCUGGCACGUCAUGCACAGUGAGGACUACGCAAAGCAGGAGAAACUAAAGCCAGACAGGAAGAAGUUUGAUUUCAUCCACAUGAUUCAGAUGAUCUACUAUGUGGAUGAUCUUGAUGAAACAAUCAAGUUUUACCACAGUCUGCUGAAAGAAAAUGGCCGGUUGAUGAUCAUCAUUGAAAUAGCCAAUGGAGGGUGGGAAAUUCUGUGGAGGACUUACAAGAAGGAGCUGUGUGUCAAUGCAAUCAAAGAUUACCGCUCAGCAGGAGACGUUAUUGCUGCCCUGGAGAGACAGGGCCUGAAGUAUGAGGAACAUCUGAUUCCCAACCGUUUUGACAUCACCGGGUGCUUCGAUCCCAGUAACAUAAAUGGACAACGGAUGCUGAGUUUCAUGACGGAGACACACAACUUCAGCCAGUCCUUCACCCCAGAAAUCAGAGCGGGCAUUUUAGACCUGCUCAGAAACAAAUCCAGUACGCUGGAAGAUGGGAAAGUUUUAUUCAACAGCAAUCUGAGCUGCAUUGUCGUUCAUGCAUAAGUAAAUGCUGAAGAAACCUAGUCUUCUCGUGUCAGUUGUUCUUUACUCUUGACAUUUGCAAAAUU